CAUAUUCGCAAGUGUAGACUACACAAUACAGAGAGUAGAAAAACAGUAUCAUGCGCAGUAGUGCUAUUCUCCGUUUUGGCUUCAGGCUCACUAGUAUAGUACGGAUGCUUCCAACGUUUACCCAUGGUCCAGCAUUAGUAUGUUUUAAACGCUCGCUGGUUGCUUCUAGCUCACUUGAAUGCUCUCACUCCCUUGUGUACAGCCAUGUUUAUUUUCGAGUUGCAUUACUAUCUUCCCAUCGUUGGGGUUCGUCUAGUGUUCGGGGGUCUCGGUCCACAUCAAAAGCGCAAACCAUCAUGCCGCAGAAAGUCCUCCAUCAAAGGAAGAAAAUCACCACACCUUUAUCCCCAAAGAAAGACAAAACCAAGGCCAAGUCCCCUAAAAAGAGGAGCCCAAAAUGUAAGUUAACACCUCAUCAGUUGCAGGUCAUAAAGUAUAACAAGCGAGUCGGAGCGAUCGCAAAGCUUUGGGGUGAACAAAAGAAGUCCUUAGCAGAGCAACCUCCUCCAUAACGUUUCAAUAUGACACUAAGAAAUAAUUCCAUGUCAGUUCGAUUUUAUCAUUUUUCAAAAGAAAUCAAAACUUUCUUUUUGUUCUCGCCCAUCUAAAUUUCUUUUGUAUAUUUCGAUGGAAAUCAUUUUUUUGAAUCGUGAAGCAUGGGGAAUCAUUUCUUCCCCAUGCAUUGGAGAGGAUGCCCUUUGUUCUUUAGGCUGCAUUAAGCAGGUUAAUAUUAUUGAUAUAAACUUGUAUCAUUACACAUACGCUAAUCUUCUCUUUUUAAUAUCAUCUUACACUAUACGCUACU